AUGACAUUGUUAUUUGUGAUUGUUGUUAUCGUCUCAGGUAGGGCCCGCUGGGUGGGCCACCACCUUGUUCAUUUCCCUCUGAAAAAGGAGAUCAUCACAAUUUGUGGAGUACCAUCAGUUCUUGGUUCCUCGGAUGAUUCUCAGGCUAAACGUGUUCUUGUCCUCGAGCUUUCUCCCGGGCAAUUUCAUUUCCCCUUCUCCUUGAUUAAAUUUCCUUCUCAUCAUGUGUUUGUUUUUCGUUCUUCAUCAUCAAUUUUGUGCAUGAAUCUUCCAGGGGUUAGUCCACGAAAAAAAUACUAUGGAGGUCUGCGCAGAUGGUACAACCCUUCUUGGUUCUCAGAGGCUGUUCCAUCUACUCCAUAUGAUCCCCUGGUUCUUAGACGUGCUUUUGAAGAUGCUGUAAUCAAGAGACUAAUGACUGAUGUGCCUUUUGGAGUUCUUCUAUCCGGAGGCCUUGAUUCAUCCCUAGUUGCUUCUGUCACGGCUCGCUAUAUGGCUGGCACUAAGGCCGCCAAGCAAUGGGGAGCUCAACUUCAUUCAUUCUGUGUUGGCCUUGAGGGAUCACCCGAUUUAAAGGCCGCAAGAGAAGUUGCAGACUAUUUGGGUACUGUUCACCAUGAGUUCACUUUUACUGUUCAGGAUGGUAUCGAUGCCAUUGAAGAUGUUAUCUACCAUAUUGAAACUUAUGAUGUUACCACAAUCAGAGCAAGUACCCCCAUGUUUCUCAUGUCUCGCAAGAUUAAGGCAUUAGGAGUGAAGAUGGUGAUCUCUGGCGAAGGUGCGGACGAGAUAUUUGGAGGGUAUUUGUACUUUCACAAGGCACCUAACAAAGAAGAAUUCCAUCAGGAGACGUGUCAGAAGAUAAAGGCCCUCCAUCAGUAUGACUGUUUGAGAGCUAAUAAAUCAACGUCUGCCUGGGGUUUGGAAGCUCGGGUGCCGUUCCUAGACAAAGAAUUUAUCAAGGUUGCUAUGGAUAUCGAUCCAGAAUGGAAGAUGAUAAAGCGCGAUGAGGGGCGUAUUGAAAAGUGGAUCCUGAGGAGGGCUUUCGAUGAUGAAGAACACCCAUACCUCCCAAAGCAUAUUCUCUACAGACAGAAGGAGCAAUUCAGUGAUGGUGUUGGAUAUAGUUGGAUCGAUGGGCUCAAGGCUCACACUGCAGACCAUGUGACGGAUAGAAUGAACCCCAGGCGCCAGCCUCUCUCACUGUUGGGAAAAUCCCAAAUGAACAUAUGA